AUGCUUCCAAAUCCCGACCGAGUCCAAGUGGACCAGAGCGGCAGUCCCGCAACAACAGCCACCAGCCAUGCACUCGCAUUGCCGGAAAUUGUCCACGAGAUUUUCCUCUGGAUCAUGAGCGACCAUGCCAGCACCUGGAAAUUCUUAAAAGACGGGGUAACGGAAGAACCCAACGAUGACACGGACUGGAGUGACUGGGAAGAGUCUCAUCGGUCGUAUGGCCGACACGGGGUCCUGGUGCAAUGUGCCCAAGUCAAUCGUCUCUGGUUCCGCGAGGCCGUGCCCUUCAUCUGGCCCGAUCUCGCGGAUUAUGAGUAUUAUCGCUCGCUCCCGGAAUUCUUCGUGGAUGUGCCUGAUCUGGCGCGUCGACAGUUCUACGCGAGCUUUGUGGAACAGGCGGAUCUUCGUCCCGUGGAGGUCGGAGAAAGUCCCCAGGCUGUGGACCAGGCGCUUUCAGGUGUGACAUUCCCUAAGAUCCAGUCUCUUCGUUUGCGUCUUCCGGGUUGUUAUGAACCAUAUCAUCUACCCCGGGUUUGUUGCCCGAAGAUGGUGACUUUGGAGAUUGAUCCGAGGUUCGAGUAUAUGCCAGACACGUAUUGUGUCUUGCGAGAAGAGUGGGAUGAGAUGUUGAGACAGAUACCGAUGAUCUUCCCCAAUCUGGAGACGGUCAGGAUCAUCGAUCGUGCUCGAGUCCAUCCCGGAGCACUCGAGCAAUUUGCCGCGCGUCUUCCUCUUCUGAAAGUUUUUGAGCACAGUAAAGUCAUUGAAAGUGCCGAGCCAUAUUGA